CAACACCCAACUUUUCUGCUACUAAUGCUGACCAUCCUCGACAACUUUUUUUGACCAAGGAUCAAUCCAACGUGAGGUCACUUAUUCAUAAUGGCUGAAGCACGCGGAAAAGCAUGGCCUCUUGCAGAUGAGGGUCUAACUAACUCUAUCUUGGACUUGGUCCAACAAGCUGGUCAGUACAAACAACUAAAAAAAGGUGCCAAUGAAGCAACUAAGACGCUUAACCGUGGUGUGGCAGAGUUCAUCGUCCUUACCGCGGAUACCGAGCCUCUCGAAAUUCUCUUGCACCUUCCCCUUCUUUGCGAGGAAAAGAAUGUUCCAUACGUGUUCAUUCCUUCCAAGGCAGCCCUUGGACGUGCAUGCAAUGUGUCCAGGCCUGUCAUCGCUGCCAGCGUUACAACUAGCGAAGCUAGGGAGCUGCAAAGUCAGAUCCGCAAUGUCAAGAUUGCGAUCGAAAAGUUGAUGUUCUGAUGUUCUCACUGCGGAGCAAAACAGAUAACCGCUGAUACUACGGUUGUUAUAUUAUUCUUAGUAUAUCUCCUGUAUGAUAUGUAGCAACUAGAUGUCGAACGGGUAUCUUUUAAAGGCCACAUUUCCUGAUUUUCCAGUAAAUGAUGCGCGCUUACGCAUUACUUCAUCU